CAUCACCGGUCCUCACACAAAGAAUGAUCCUAGAAAGUAUUUAAAGUGGUCAGUGACAGCCUCCUUCAAACAGACCACUUCUCUCUUUAGAACAGCACCAGAUAGAACGAGACAUGUUAUUCCUCAUUGUCCUCACUUUGCUGGCUCAGGCUUUCGCUCAUCUUGAAAAUGGUGAGUAUCUUUAACACAUCUCAUAUAAUAAAUAUUCUAAAGUAGAAGGCAGGCAUGUAUGAAUAAUUAAUAUUUUUACAUACUGAUAUCCAGCUAGUAGUAUUUAUUGAUAAAUAUGUAUCGGAACUAGCACUAGUCACUAAAAAGCAGAAUAGCAACUCCCAUUAGUCUACUUUAUCACCGAUCUGUGCUAUUUUACAGUUAUCUACAAUAUCCCGUUCGGGAUAUAUAAGCAAAAAAUAAAAGAGAACACAAUUAUGAGUGCUCUUUUCUUCUUUUUUUUUGUUUUUAUAAAUAUAUAUAAAUAUAUAAACCAAAAAAAUGAGAGCACUCACUGGGAUUUGCCAAAAUAAAGAAACGACCUCUCAGGGUUUUAUCAAGAUCUUAAUAAAGUUUAUUUUAUUUUGUGCACCUCAAUCAGUAAUGCAGGUCUGCCACUUGGAGAAAUGCAGUAUGGUGAUGUCUCCACAUAUACAUUCCAACCUGCAAACAAAUCUUGUACUAGUGUCUAACAUUCCAUAAUCAGAGAAGGCACUGUCCCCUUUCCCACCAACAUUCUCCCCAUGUGAUCGACUAGCUGGUGGUGCAUCAUCAUUAAUACUUGAGAAUACACAGAACUCCAUUGAUGCAUCUGGCUUCAUUGGGUCUUUUUGCACAUGCCUGAUAGUACUCUAUAAUUAGUAAAUGAAACAACAUAACUAAUGGGAAAUUUUUUAUGAUGAGUAUUUCUUUAUUAAAAACAUCCAAGUAUCAGGCAUGCUUUAAAUGUUUAAUUGAUUUUAGCUAUUAUUUCUCAAAUAAUAAUAAAGGUGCCAAGAACAACCAUCAGAAUGAGCCUCCUGCUGCUGAGCAAAUUGGUGCCUCAGGACACCAACUAUAUAAAUUCAAUGUCUCAGGAGCCACCAAGCAUCUAUUGAAUGUCAAAGGGAACCACUCACAUCAACUGGAUAUCUCAGAUGAACGCACACAUCAACUGAAUGUCUCAGGAACCCAUCUACGUCAACUCAAUGUCUCAGGUGUCCUCCCACAUCAAUUUAAUGUCUCAGGAGAACGCCCAUAUCGAUUCAAUCACUCAAGAGCCCAUCCACAUGGAAUCAAUGACUCAGGAGACCACCCACAUAAAAAUGUAUAUCAAGGCUUAAGUAAGAAUCAUAAAAGAGGCAAUAUAUUCCAUCCUAGACCUAUAAGAUCCAUACGUGGGGCACUGUUUGAGCAAGGAGAAGGUAGCAUGCAUCAUGUAACUGUGAGUAUAUCUUUAUUAAUGCCAGUUCUAAUUUUCCUGUAUAAUUUCACAAUAAUGUUAACAUUCGUUACAUCCAAGAUGGUUAAUUUAUGACUGUUUUCCUGGCACUGGAGAGUCUCUUUAACUAGAUAUUAGGUAAUACAUGAAAAGAAAUGGAAUACAUAAAUAAAUAUAUAUAGAUUGUUGCUCACCUACAAAGUUCCAGCAUUUUCAAUUAAAGCACUGAAAAUUGAAGCAGGCCAAUACUGCCCCAUUGAGAAUGGCCUCUGCAAUAUCCAACUCUCUAUGGAACAUUGUCAAAGUGAACUAAGUUGCAGUUCAUAUGACAGAGGAAAACAGCAGGAGAGAAUUGUAAGAUAUCAUAAUGAUACAAUGUUUAUUAAUAUUGCUGCAGCAAAGUUCGGGCAAACCUAAUGUCGACGAUCUCAGCAGACCUCUAACCUUUACACAUCAUGUCUUUGGCUUCCAUGGAAGAAAGAAGCCAACUGAAAACGCCACUCAUUAUAGACACAAGCAAAAUAACUGGUAUGUCGGAUCUUUUUAACCCCUUAAGGACUGAGCCAAAUGUACACGUUGUGAUCAAAACAAAACGUAAACAAAACCUGGCAUUUGCGCUACAUGUCUGUUCAGGGCUUUCAUUUCACAUCAAAUAUUUAGGUAUGAAACAUAAUUUAAUAUGAAUAAAAUAUUAAAAUAAUGGGAGAAAACAAGAAUUUGUUUUAUUUUUUUUGUUCUACGUGACAUUUUAACUGUAAAUGUCAUAAUACUGUUUCCUUUAACUGCAAUAAAAUACACAUAUAUUUGUAUUCAGCGAUGUCUCACGUGUAAAACAGUACCCCCUAUGUACAGGUUUUAUGGAGUUUUGGGAAGUUGCAGGGUCAAAUAUAGCAUGUUACAUUUUUCAGGUUUUUCACAUUGAAAUUCGCAAGAUUUGUAACGCCGCCUUUGAGACUGUAUGGUAGCCCAGGAAUGAGAAUUACCCCUAUGAUGGCAUACCAUUUGCAAAAGUAGACAACCCAAGGAAUUGCAAAUGGGGUAUGUCCAGUCUUUUUUAGUAGCCACUUAGUCACAAACACUGGCCAAAUUUAACGUUAAUAUUUGUUUGUGUGUGAAAAAUGAAAAAAACUAAUUUGAACGCCGAUUUUGACCAGUGUUUGUGACUCAGUGGCUACUAAAAAAGACCGGACAUACCCCAUUUGCAAUACCUUUGGUUGUCUGCUAUUGCAAAUGGUAUUCCAUCACGGUGAUAAUUUUCAUUCCUGAGCUACCACACAGUCUCAAAGGCAACGGUCUCUGGCGUAUUUCAAUGGGAAAAAACUGAAACACAGGUCUUAUAUUUGACUCUGUAACUUUUGAAAACAGCAUAAAACCUUUACAUGAGUGGUACUGUUAUACUCGGGGGAAAUUCGCUGAACACAAAUAUUAGUGUUUCAAAAAAGUAAAACGUAUCACAACAAUUAUAUCGCCAUUGUAAGUGCCAUUUGUGUGUGAAAAAUGCAAAAAAUUUCACUUUCACUGACAAUAUCAUCAUUGUAAUACAUUUUACUGUUUUGAAACACUAAUAUUUGUGUUCAGCAAAGCCUUCCGAGUAAAACAGUACCCCCCAUGUACAGGUUUUAUGGUGUCUUGGAAAGUUAAAGGGUCAAAUAUAGUGCUAGCAAAUUAAAUUCCCUGAACUUUUGGCAUGGGUUGUCAGGCAGGUCCCGCAAAUUGUAAUUAAUUAAGAUACCUAAUUAUGUAAAAUUAUUACAUAAAUAUAUACGUAGAAUUAUUAUGUAUAUAUACGUGUGUAUGUAUAUAUAUAUAUGUGUAUAUAUAUAUAUAUAUAUAUAAUUUUUUUAUUAUUUCUUUUUAUAUAUACGUACAUAUAUUUAUAUAUAGUGAUAUAUACGUAAAUACUUAUGUAUAUAGAUAUAUAUAUAUAUAUUAUUUCAUUCUAUGUGUAUUUUGAUAUCAAUAUAUAUAUAUAUUAAUAUCAAAAUACAGUUAGAAUGAAAUUACACACAUAUGUAUAUAUAUUUUUAUUUAUUUUUUUGUUGUUAUUUUUUUACAUAUUUACAUAUUUAUGUAUUUACUAUUAUAUAUAAAUAUAUAUAUAAUUAUAAUUAUAUAUAUAUUUAAUCAAUAUCAUUCUACGUGUAUUUUAAUAUUAGUUUAUUUAUAUGAUUAUAUAUAUAUAUUAAUAUUAAAAUACACUUAGUGUAUGUGUAUAUAUAUAUACUUAGAUCAUAGAUAUAAUAAAUAUAUAUAUGAUCUAAGUAUAUAUAAUUUUAUUUUAAUCAGGCACUCCCCCUGCUGGCACUGCUAUGGACGGCUAUUCUGUCCAUGUGAUCGUGAGAUCCUCGUAAGGACCUCGCGAUCACAUGGCCCAGGGGGGCCGAAGAGGAAGGAGGGGGACUCCCUGGGAUGCCACCGGGUAAGUACAUAGGACAUAGCACGUCCGCAGUCCUUAAGGGAUUAAAUGAUCAACUUUACUCAAAAUGUAUCAACAAAAUAAAUAGUAAAAAUACUGAAAACAAACCACCUGAAGAUGCAGUAAACACAGAAAUAUAGAGUGUAUAGAGAUACAGUUACUCAGAUAUUAAGUCAAGCCACAAACUAAUGUAGUCACUAAAUUAGGAAGUGUAACAUGGAAAUUGCAUAUUAUAUUCCAAAAUAGCCCAUCUGGAAUGUAGAUGGUUAGAGAAAGAUUCCAGCUCAACUAAACUGGCAUACAUUGUACAAUGUCUCGCUCAUUGCUUAUUUGUGGUAGAGAGAAUAAACCUCAAUGUGCUUUAAAAGGAAACUAUAGUGCCAGGAAAACAAAGUUGUUUCCCUGGCAGUAUAGCUCCCUAUAGUGCCCCCCUCCCUCGUGCCCACCUCCCUUGUGGGGCAGAAGGGGUUAAAAACUGAUUCCAGCGCAAUAUCCCUUGGUACUGGUUCAGGCUCUGCCUCCACUCCUCCCCCACUGGCCGACAUACUGCGCAUGUGCGGCGAGCACCACACUUGCAUCAGGACUACUCCCAUAGGAAACCAUUGUAUAGCUCGAGGAUGUCCAGCAUCACUUAUCAGACCAGAAGUAGGAGGCCUGGAGGAGCUGGGUUAUAGAUUAAUGCAGGGAAGGAAGGGUCUGGAGAUUUAAUAUAUAUUUUAUGCCUAUUUGUUUAAAUAGAAAUGUAAGUUCUAAUAAAACUAUUGUUACAUUCUAUUCUUGUGAUUUCAGAAUGAAGAUGAAUACUAAAGGAAAAUGAAUGGAGUUACAAUCAAUGUUAGCGUCUCUUUGAUAUGAAAUUAAAUAAAAUGGUCAUCUUUAUAUUUUUCCAUUAAACUUUUUUAUUUCCCUAAUUUGAAGUGUUGGACUGCAGAGUUUUUCUAAUCAUUUAACAGCAAGUAGUUCUGUGCAUUUAUGAUUCAAAAUAAUCACCAGAAAUACUUAACGUUCAAUCUUGGCUGUAUAAGCCCCAUGGCUCUCCUCUGGGUUCCUCCUUUGCAAACCCUCCUAAACAGUAUGUAUAUAAAAACAAAGAUGGAUCCUAAGAAAACACAUUAAAAACAACCACAGUGUAGCAAUCUAACGAAAUAACUCCUGGUUCCAACAUGCAAUGCAUUCUAAACAUAGCUGGAUAUAUGCCCUUGAC